UGAAGAGCACCAAGAGGAGCGGUUUGAAGUGUGUGCCCAGCACAGCAGACACACACAGUUCUUCGCCUCCCUUCUCCCUCAGCCCAUGAGUUUCGUCAGCCAUGGCUGGAGAAGUUUAUUUAUUACUUCUGUUACUGCUCUGUGGGAGAACAAUUUCUGAGCGACAGCCUUUGCCCCAACCGCCUUCUGAAAGUCUGGAUUUCGGGUAUGUUCCCAGCAAGACGUACGACACCAACGCUUACUAUGAGCCUGGAACAAUAGGGAUUCUGUUCCACGUUGUCCACGCUUUCCUCUGCUUAAUUCAGCCAAAUUACUUCCCUCAAGAUCUUAUCAAAAAGCUAGCACAGCAGACAUUUGGAAAUAAGCCUGGUGAUUAUCAAAAGCCCGAGAAUGUUGUAUUGACUCUUCAGGCAGUUUACUACGAAAUUGGCUUCAUCAUCUCAGCGGCCCUGGGAAUCCUGUUUGUCCUGCUGCUUCCGCUGAUUGGCCUCUGUUUCUGCCUGUGCCGGUGUUGCGACAAUUGUGGUGGGGAAAUGCACCAGAGGCAGAAGAAGAACGCUGACUGUCGGAGGGGCUGCUUCACUAGCCUCCUCUUGGCAGCUACAUUGCUAAGCAGUAUUGGUGUGUUUUUUGCUUAUGCGGCUAACCAGCAUCUCACAAGCCAAGUCCAAGGAGCCAAGAAACUAGUGAACAGUAAUUUCCGAGACCUUCGGAUUUUCCUGAAUGGAACUCCUGGGCAAAUCGACUAUUUGGUGAAUCAGUAUAACACUACCAAGAAGAAAGCACUUUCUGAUCUUAAUAAUGUUGGCACAUUGCUUGGCAAUCGAGUCUGGGAACAGCUGGGAAAGGAAGUGUGCCCUGCUCUCGAUGCAGCGCUCACCAUGGCAGGAGCUAUUAGAGAAACAAAGGAGGCCCUGGAGAAUGUGAGUGGGUCUCUGGAAGUGUUACAGGAGGGCACUGAGAAGCUGCACGCCAAUCUGACGGAUGUGACAGGAGACUUGAUUGAUACUCUUAACGAUCCAGCCUGCACAGCUACCCAGGUUGCUUCAACUUGCAAGCUUAUCAGAAAUUCUUUGGAUCAGCUGACCAUCAAUGCUAACUACAGCAAGUUACCAGGAGUGAGUCCUCAACUUGCCAAAGUCAACGAAGUCCUUAAAAUAGACCUUUCCAGCCUCAUUCAAAAGGGUUAUGCAGCCUUUAAUGAUACUCCUGACUUGGUGCGCAAUCAAACAAAGAACAUUUUAUCAGAUAUAAAAAAUAUCCUGGAAACCGUUGGUUCAAACAUCACAGCCUUUACCAAAACGCUUCCCAUCCAGAAGAUUCUAGCAGAUUUCACAGUAUAUCUUACUCAGAGUGAAGCGUACGUUCAGGAUUAUCUUCCAUUAGUGGAGCAAUAUGAUUUCUACAGGUGGCUGGGUUGCCUAAUCCUGUGCUGCCUGGUGAUCCUGAUCCUGGUCUUUUUCUACCUGGGAUUGUUAUGUGGUACCUGUGGCUAUGACAAAAAUGCCACACCAACAACCAGAGGCUGCAUCUCAAACACUGGAGGGAAUUUCCUGAUGGCUGGGGUUACUUUCAGCUUCCUCUUCUCCUGGGUUCUGAUGCUGACAGUGGUGGCCACUUUCAUUACCGGUGGAAAUGUGGAGAAGCUCAUCUGUGAAUCAUUUGAUGACAAGACUUUAUUCCAAAUUUUGGAUACACCCUAUUUGCUUAAUCGCCAAUGGAAACACUAUCUAUCUGGCAUCAUUCUGAAAAAUCCAGAUAUUGACUUGACAUUUGAAAAGGUUUACAGUGACUGCAAGGAAAAUAAAGGCAUUUACACCACACUCCAUUUAGAAAAUCUCUUCAAUAUCCAUGAAAUCCUAAACAUUAGUGUGUAUGCGGAAGAUGUGUCACUUAAAAUCAAGUACAUCAAUAUAAAUUUAAGCAAUAUAGAUUUGCUGAACAACACUGGGAAAGAGAACCUGUUGAAUUUUGGUUCUUCAGGAAUAAAUGAAAUAAACUUUGCAGCAUACCUGUCAGAGAUUAACAAGAGCAUCACCAAAGUUGAUCUGUUACUAUUUGCUAAUGAUUUGGAAGCAAGAGCAGACCAGCUGCCCAAAGGAGCAUUAGAAAACGCUUUGAAAGGACACGCAAACACGAUUCGGCUGAUACAUAGCCAGCGAGUUGUUCCAUUGGAACAAGCAAUGAGUACCUUAAACCAGAGUAUUCGCUUACUGCAGAAAACGUCAUCAGAACUUUCAGAAAAAGUGAGAAACGUAAUAAGUGCCAUUGAUGCCACUCAACUUCUUAUAAACAACAACGCUUCAUUUAUAAUUGUCCAGGAAGCUAAGAAAUACAUGGAUACUAUAUUAGGUUACUUUGAGCAGUAUUCAGAAUGGGUGAAGGAUUCGAUUACUACGGAAGUAGCAACCUGUAAACCAAUUGCAAAUGCGAUUGAUACGGCCGUCGAUAUUUUUCUGUGCAGCUACGUAACAGAUUCAUUGAAUGCCUUCUGGUUCGGUUUGGGAGGCUGCUGUGUCUUGCUGAUCCCUGCCAUUAUCUGUGCAGUGAAACUAGCCAAAUUCUACCGCAGGAUGGAUACGGAGGACGUGUACGACGAUGUUGAAACUAUGCCCAUGAAAAAUUUGGAAAAUGGUAAUAAUGGUUAUCAUAAAGAGCAAUUAUAUGGUAUACACAAUCCAGUUAUGACAAGCUCUGUGGAACAGUGGUAACGCAGACUGGAAAUAAUUAACUGUAAGUUGUGUGGCUUAUUUAUCUGUUUAAAUCUUGAUGGCCUUAAAAGGUGGACACCUGGGUUCACGUACAUUCUGACAAAGAAGGAAAUCUUGCGGAGCCAGACUUCCAGAAUCAUUUUCAGCCCUUUAUAGUGGUGGCCGUUUUCACCUGUGUACAAAAUGUAUGUGUGUACUUUCACUUCAUGUGUGUUUGUGUGCACUGGGAAGCACAGGGCAGGCUGCACAGGCUCUGCUCUGGUUCACAUGAUGGAGGAUGAAGAAGGGAGGGCAUCUUAGAAUCUGCAUCCCCUGUUGGGGAUGCAUUGGGGGUUGAUGAUGAUGAUGAUGAUGAUGAUGAUGAUCAUAGCCCCCAGACUGAUCCAGCCCAUGUUUACAUUUGCUUUUUCUUGCCUUGGCUUUGUCUGCCACGUCAGGUUCGGUCCUAGACUUCAGUUUUCAGAGAGAGAUCACACGGAUGGGUGGACAGGCAGAUGACAAGGACCUAGGCCGC